CUCCCUUUUGUUGUACUUCCGCUGCUGUCGUUGUGCCACAGGCAGGUUACAGCGAGGGGGGUAGGUAAAGCAAAGGCGCUGCUUAAGCAUUGUGUUUUGCAGGAAACCGCAGCACUGAUCGGGACCAUGUCGCUUUACGAUGAUCUUGGUGUUGGUGCAAGUGACACCAAAACCGAAGGCUGGUCCAAGAACUUCAAGCUGCUCCAGUCUCAGCUGAAAGUGAAGAAGGCGGCCCUGACCCAGGCUAAGACUCAGCGGAUGAACAAGACCACUGUUUUAGCUCCUGUUAUUGAUCUGAAGAGGGGAGGAUCCAGUGAUGACCGACUCAACACAGACACGCCUCCACACACCGCUAUUGGGCUAAAGGAUGCGGUUCCCAGCGGUUUCUCCUCCGGGGACGUGCUGAUCCCGCUGGCAGACGAGUACGACCCCAUGUUCCCCAACGACUAUGAGAAGGUGAUGAAGCGUCACAGAGAAGAGCAGCAGCGUAAGAGGGAGCAGGAGCGGCAGAAGGAGAUUGAAGAGAGAGAAAAGAGGAGGAAGGAGAGACACGAAGGUGGCGCGCCGAGCGGUUUCUCUCGUUUCCCGGCAACAGAGGAAGACUCAGAUGAGGAAGAAGAGUAUGAAAAAGAGUGGAGGAAACGAAGUAUUGGCGGAGCAGCUAUUGCCCCUCCUUCAUCACUUGUGGACAGAGAUGGUAAAUGUGAUGACCCAUCAGGCCCCCCUUCAUUCUCCUAUGAAGAUGAAGGUCGUCCUCCCCGAGGUGCAAAGGCAGCCAUCCCUCCUCCAAUUUAUGAGGACUCAGACCGGCCACGUUCACCGCCCGGGCCCACCAGCUCGUUCCUGGCCAACAUGGGGGGUACAGUGGCCCAUAAGAUUAUGCAGAAGUAUGGCUUCAAAGAAGGCCAGGGGCUUGGUAAGCACGAGCAAGGCCUGAGCACGGCGCUGUCUGUGGAGAAGACCAGCAAGAGGGGUGGGAAGAUCAUCAUUGGGGAUGCUACAGAAAAACCAGGGUCGAGCCAGUCAGGGGCUGCUGAUACGUCCAUCGGAGGCUCUACAGCGGACUCUUCCAAGAAGUCGGAGGCCAACCCACUGACGGAGAUCCUGAAAAACCCGACCAAAGUGGUUCUGCUGAGGAACAUGGUGGGUCGAGGGGAAGUGGACGAAGACUUGGAGGGGGAGACGAAAGAAGAGUGCGAGAAAUACGGCAAAGUGGUUAAAUGUGUCAUUUUUGAGAUUGCUGAAGUGCCUGAUGAUGAAGCAGUCAGGAUAUUCCUGGAGUUUGAGCGGGUGGAGUCGGCCAUCAAAGCCGUUGUGGAUCUAAACGGACGUUAUUUUGGAGGUCGAGUCGUCAAGGCCUGCUUCUACAAUCUAGACAAGUUUCGGGUUUUGGAUCUUGGAGAGCAAGUGUGAUAUCUCCACCAGAAGCUCAGCAAACACCCUGUACCCCACUUGUACAUAAUUAUUUUUAUAAACAGCAGUGUAAAUGUAGUGAUAAGGAUUCAAUCUAAUGUUUGUGAUUAUUAAAUGCCUUUCUGUCAAGUAAAAGGUAUAAUGGAA